GAUAAAAACAUUAAAACCAAACAUAACUCUCUUCUUUUCUUACUUACACACGACGUAAUACGCUCCUUAUUCCCAACAAAUCAACUUUAACACUGCUUCUUCUUCGUGCUUGAUUCAGAUAUGGGGGAACUGGCAGCGGAGAAACAUGUGCAAUAUAUUAUAUCAAUCGAGAAGAAAAAGGAUACUUUUGAAGCUGUGGUGAUGGAGCACCUGAGAAUGAGCGGUGCAUAUUGGGGUUUGACCACUCUUGAUCUCCUGGGAAAGCUUGGAGCUGUGGAUAAAGAUGAGAUUGUUUCGUGGGUUAUGCAGUGCCAGCACGAAUCUGGUGGCUUUGCUGGUAAUAUUGGCCAUGAUCCCCACAUGCUCUACACGCUUAGCGCAGUGCAAGUUUUGGCUCUCCUCGACAAGCUCGAUGUUCUGGACGUUGAUAAAAUAUCAAGCUACAUCGCCGGACUUCAGAAUCAAGAUGGAUCGUUUGCAGGAGACAUUUGGGGUGAAAUUGAUACCCGGUUUUCGUAUAUCGCAAUUUCAUGUCUCUCACUAUUGCAUCGUUUGGAUAAAAUCAAUGUGGAAAUGGCUGUUGAAUACAUUGUGAGCUGUAAGAAUUUGGAUGGUGGAUUUGGGUGCACACCUGGUGGGGAGUCUCAUGCAGGGCAGAUUUUUUGCUGUGUGGGUGCACUUGCUAUAGCAGGUUCCUUACACCACGUUGACAAAGACCUUCUUGGAUGGUGGUUAUGUGAAAGGCAAGUUAAAUCUGGAGGUCUAAAUGGACGACCCGAGAAGCUUCCCGAUGUUUGCUACUCUUGGUGGGUUCUUUCUAGCCUAAUUCUCAUUGAUAGAGUGCAUUGGAUAGACAAAGACAAGCUUGCUAAAUUCAUUCUAGAUUGUCAGGAUAAAGAGAAUGGAGGAAUAUCUGAUAGGCCAGAUGAUGCUGUUGAUGUCUUCCAUACAUAUUUUGGUGUGGCAGGUCUUUCGCUUCUUGAGUAUGCUGAUAUAAAACCGAUAGAUCCAGCCUAUGCUUUACCUGUUGAUGUUGUAAAUAGGAUCUUCUUAAACAAAAAGGACUCAGCCUAACAAGCAAACCCUGUAUUGACAACUUCCAACUUCCAAAUAGGAUUUUCAAUUUGGCGUAGCUUAGUAUUGUCUCCCAGUUCAAGUUUAGAUGAUUAAAAGAAAACUAGUGCAAGUUGUAUGUUUCCAGUCAAGUUGAUAAUCCUACGUCUUUCUCCUUUCUUCUUGGACCGAGGUUGGAUCUUGUAGCUGUCGGGUACAACAUGUAGUGACAUUUUCGAGCCACCAGUCCCA